AUGUCAGACGAUGAAUUGGAAUUCUACCGAGAUGCUCCGGAAUUCCCCGAUGAAAUUGACGACUUCAUACAACGACCGUUGUCCUCCCGUUCGGUCGUCAGGACCCCGAGCUCUAAAUACAGAGAUAAAACCGUCAUCAAGAAACGUGAGGAUGUACCACACCAGCCCCAGCUCCCCGAAGAAGGAGUAAAUGAGGCCGACCAUACUCAGCCUAGUUCGAACGCGGAGCUUAAUGGAGGCAAUGACGCGGUUAAUCCCUCCAAACAGAAAGAAUUAGCCGACCAACGGUCAAUUAGCUCUGAAAUUUGCGUAUCUCCGUCAUGGUCACGAGCUGGCGACAAGAAACGAAGGAAAAAAGAUCAGAAACGACAGGAAAAGGAACAGAGAGACUUGGAACGAAAGUUAGAAAGGGAAUCGCGGAAACAUGCCAACGGAGCCGCACAGAGAGAACCUAGGAGGCUGACCAAGCGGCCUCCGCCAGCUAGCUCAAGCCGGGCCUCUAGUGCUAACGGUCGUGGACAGCGUCCCUCGACAGCGUCUUCGUUUAUGUCGUUUUGGUCGAAUAGAUCAUCCCGGGCGAGCUCUGUUCAAGGAUCUGAUACCGAGGGCCACAAGACGGUGCAUUUUUUGGACUCUUUCAAAGGAGACCCAAAAAAUGGGACUUGGUUUCCGCGGAUGUGGCCUAAAAAGUCCAAAACUAAACAAUCAAGUCACAAGAACUACCUAUCGGACUCAGAAGCACCGUCAGAGAAUGCUCCAAAGCGUUCUUUACACACUGUAAAGAAACAUGGGGACCUUCGAUCCAUGGCUAGGACCCUUGAUAAGGCCCAUAUUGAAGGCCAAGAUAUGGCUGCAACCGAUCCAGAUAGAAACCUGGACCAAAAUGUUGAAAUUCCCUCUGAACGUGAUGGUGGACAUGUUAAUUCUUCUAAGGAUACUUCAUACCCACAAGAAACUACCCCGUUAACACAGGAGAACCAGGGGGUACCGCCAUCCAGAGGAGUUGUCAUUGGACCUAGCAGUUCUAAGAAGCGUUUACCUCGCGCCCCCCUUACAAACAACCCUGCGACACUGCGUCCAACGACACCGUCGCGGAUACCGCUUUCAGCCUCACGCAAUGUCAGCCUGAAAAGUGCCGUAGCUGAGAAAGAGAGUCACAGCAUCAUAAGAAAUUCGCUCGAUAAACUCCUGGUUGUGAAAGUUCCCAAAACUCCGGUACAUGAUUUUGACAGAUCCACAGAAAAUGCUGGCCAAACGCCUAAGAAGGAGGAUAAAGUCUCUCUCCAACCCAGAUCCCCUAAUAUAUCGAAAAAAUAUAAUCGCCCUGUUGAAUCCCACCCCGCCGCGGAAAUGGAGAUAAAGAAGUCUAGGGAUCUAUUUGAAGUUAUAGACCAUGUCCACAACAAUGACCCGAAAACAAAUUCGAAUGCACCCAUCUCAGCCCAAGGUGAAAACAAAAUUUGCGGGAAAGAAAUUUCUCAUUCAAACGACAAACCUGUGAUUUCCGAUAGCCCACCGAUAGCUAGUUCGGAUUCUAACAGGCAUGAUAAUAAACUGAGAGGGACGAUUAAUUUUAGUCGAGCAGCGCGGCUACGACCAUCCCCGUUAUCAGGGCCUCCUCUUCUCAGCCCAGAACCUAAGGAUUCAGCAAUGGGUGACCGCUUGGUUAAUCAGAUUUCGGUUGGAGAUGUAGUUCAGACUACAUCCGCCCUGCCCAGCCAAGGUCCUCGGCCUACCCUAGAGCCCAGUGCUCCAACAAGAACCCGCCGACUUUCUCUGGACCGUUUCCUGAGACCCGGUAGGGCGAGGAAGGCAUCCAUAAACGAAACGGAUACCCCUCCCGCCAAACAAGCGGUACUUGACUCUAAUACAGUUGUUGCAAACGAACCGCACAAUUUGAGCAAGAAUGCCUCCGAGGAUAAAAUUCAUGCAACAAUGGCAUCGGCUGAACCUAAUGGUGGAUCAAAAAGAGUUAACGGUGAUCAAAAGGAAGAGAAUGGUUUGCAAAAAACACCAGCAACAGAUAGUGUGAAGCUGCCGAAACCUCGUCGUAAUUCCAUUGACCUAAUACACAAAUUACGCCCAUCCUUCGGCAAAGCCGAGGUAAAGCUUACAAAGAAACGACCAACAUCAGCUGGAGUCCCUACGGUCAACUCAUCUGUUGAAAAAGCAUCUGCUGCGAAUACUAGAACUUCUAGUGCAUCCAAUUCCUCACUUCCAUCCCCAGGAAAUGUGCAUCCAAUUCGUGCCUCCUUUCCUGCCGGCAUAUCAACUGUCAGGAGCACGAGGGAUGAAGGAAAUAAUGACUACUUUACCAGGCCAAUAGGGAAGCCGUGGCUUGGAUCAGAUCAAUUCCCGAGCUCUUCUAGCUUACUCGGGUUUUCUAAUGGAAGCCUCGGUAGUUCGUCCCGAGGUGGUCGCCCGGCAAACUCAGGUCAGCGUAUUGCAAAAAUGUUUGUGAUAUGCUGUAAAUGCAAGUUCUGGCAUGACAUGCCAUCGGACGCGUAUGCUAAGCUUGCGUUCCCUACAGUUGCUGCAUUAAAAAACAAGCUGACAACGGGAACUGUCCGGGGGCAUAAAGAUCCUGGGGAAGAAAUCGAGGCAGGAUGGUCCGCAGUACCUGAAACAUCUACUCCCCAAUCCAAUAGAAUGGAUGAUGAAAUAGCGAGGGCCAGCGCGAAUAUGAGUACAACUAGUACACAAGGCAAGAGAGAGACUCCUAACUCAAUAAGCAACGGCAAACCCUCCUCUCCAUCUGCUUUCUCUCGAUUCUCAUUUCUCAACCAAUCAAUCAUUAAAUGUUGCUGGUGUGACCAUAGAAUGUCUCGAACGUGCUGUGCGGGAUGGACAGCCGUUGUCCAGUUGCGAGAACGCCACCAUUAA